UCUACUACUUGGAGGAGGAGGAGAGUACUAGUCGUCUUCUUCCCUGGAUCCAAAUCGAAAAUUUCUCUCCCCCUGUUCACACCACGCCUCACUCCCAUGGCGACCGAGGAGGACGCGUCGACCAUGGCGGCGGCCGAGGCGGACCCCAAGCCCGCCGCCACCCCGUCUUACCCGGAGAUGAUACUGGCGGCGAUCGAGGCGCUGGACGACAGGAACGGGUCGAACAAGACGGCGAUCUCGCAGCACAUCGAGGGGAAGUACGAGGGGCUCCUCCCCCCCGCGCACCCGUCGCUCCUCACAGCGCACCUCGCCCGCAUGAAGCAGACCGGCGAGCUCGCCUUCUCCAAGAACAACUACUUCCGCGGCGACGACCCGUCCCUCCCGCCCAAGCGCGGCCGCGGCAGGCCGCCCAAGCCCAAGGACGCCGCCGCCGCCGCCGCCGCACCGGCGCCCGCGCCCGCGGCGCCGGCGGCCUCCUCGCCGCGCCCCCGUGGCCGCCCGCCUAAGCCCAAGGACCCCCUCGCCGAGGCGGUCGCGAAGGCCACCAGUGGCAUGCCCCGCGCGCGCGGCCGCCCGCCCAAGAAGGCCAAGGUCGAACAGGAAGACCCCAUUGGCGCUCCCGCCGCAGCUUCGGCUCCCGCCGCGGCGGCUGAGGCCGCGCCGCCUGUCAAGCGCGGCCGUGGGCGCCCGCCCAAGGUGAGACCCGCCGCGCCGGUCGGGGAGCCAGCCGCUGCUUGAUUAGCUCCGAUUCUCCGCAUCGCCGCGAUGGCGACGAUGGUAAGCUCCUUUAGGUUGUAACGUAGUCUUCAGAUUAUGUCUCGUACUGAUUGGAGGCGCGGCUCGGGUUGCUGCUUAUUGUAAGUUAAUCGGAUGGUGGGAGGUUUAGGUGUGCUGGAUGGAUCAUCCGUUGCUGAGAGUUGUGAUUGAAUUCGUGUUAUCGCGUGCUGAUUAUUAUGGUAAUGUUGGUGACUUUCGUGUCGUUUGUGUUAAUUCUAGAUUGGUGGCUGCAUUUAGUGUUAUCAAAUGAUGUUGAAUUGUUCUAUGCCAUGCCGGACAAAAAAAUAAGUCUGAUUUAUCGAUGAGUUAA